AUGAAUCCCGAUUGGCAAUACCAGUUGAGGGAUGAGAUUAGGGAAGUCGUGGGAGAUAACCAAAUUGACAGCAACAUAUAUAUGCUUGCUGGACUACAACAGCUUCGGCUUGGAUUACUUGUUUACCAUGGGCUUUCUUAUGACCCAAAUGUCAGCAUUGGGCCCUCAAGGGAUGAGAUAAGAAUGCCCAAUAAGCGGGAAAAUACGAGGCAAGUAGUAUCCUUACCAAGUUGA